AUGUUUCGCGUCGAGCUUCUAGCAAAUUCCUCAUCUCAUGCGACCCCAGGCUACACCUAUGUCGCAGACCGAGGCUUCGACCCAGCCAAAGCCGCCAUGGCUCCGGCCCUCGGCCGCAAACGCGGAAUUCACAACGCCAGCAAAGGCGGCGACAUUUCUUCGCGACGCGCAAACGCCAUCAUCCGCCACUUGGCCGAACUAGACCGCGAGAACCAGCGCGAUGUGCAGAUCCCCGUACCCGCCAGGCCAGCGAAGGAAGCAGGCGCACGCGUCUCCCGGACAAAGACUACCUCGAACGUGCGCCGUAUCUUGGUCUCGCAGAAGACGUUUCGGAAUCACCUUGAUGACGAGGAGGCUGCUAUCGCUGCCGGAGGUGGUGGACUGAGUAUACCGGUUGGAGCUGCGGCGAUCGCGCCGGUUAUCCCAACGCGAGUCAAGGCAGUAGUGGCUGCUGCUGCGGCGCGGCGGAGCUCGACGCCAGCUUCUACUGCUGCUGCACGGAAGAAACGACCGUCGGCUGUCGCUACUACCACUGCUACCUCUACGCCUACCCCUGCGCCCUCACAGACUGAGAAUACGGAUGCCGAAGCGGAGGAGGAUAGCGACGAGCGGAAACACAAACUCAUUAAGACGGAACACGAUAAUGAUCCCCUUCUACGGUCAUAUGCUCCAACUCUGCCGUCAGAACGUAUUAUGGAUCGUCUUUUGGCGGAACCCGCUCUGUCGUAUAAUGCUUCGCGCGCUGGACCGCCGAUCUCGACACAGCUUCCCCGGGCUUUUUGUUGUAUGUGUGGAUACUGGGGCAAGAUUCGGUGUAAGAGUUGUCACUUGCGAACCUGCGGGUUGGACUGUUAUAAGGUCCAUGAAGACUCGAGGUGCGGUGCCUUUUUCUAG